AUGUCGACCGCAUCGCCUCAACCACCUUCCUCUCCGUCGCCUGAGUCCCCAAACGUCGCCGAACACGCGCAUCCGGUGCGCUCCCCGACAUUCUCUCCACCCCCCAACCCAUUACACGAAGAAGGACUCCCGGCUCUCGAAGACGUAUUCCGCGAUCCAAUCCCUUUGAUGGUGGCGGAGAACGCGCGGGGAGGUCUUUCCCCGACCACAAUGGACACUCCCGCCCGAGACGGCGCUGUCGACGACCACUACGCUCAUGAGGAACCGGGCGCCCUCAGUGAUGCCCAACGCCAUAAUCCUGCAGUUGACCCAUCGACGGUGGAAGACCCCGCCCAUGACGAUUCGAACCUGUCCCUCCCCCCUUUGCCCGACAACGACGAUAGCAGCCUUUUGUUGUCCGCCGACGAUGACUACCAGGAGCGAGUGGACGACCAAACUUUCAUCAAAGAAAAGGAAAUGCGGCGGCAGUUGAUGGAUAUGGAGUCCAGCUUUCUGCCGGAACCUUCGACCAUCGAAGUCGCAACCACGAACCGAAUUAUUGGUGCGGAUGAUACUUACUUGGUUGGAAUACACGAGGAGGAGCCUGUCCCUGAAGUGCUGGAAAGCACGCAGAUUUCGUUCGUGCCGCCCGAUGAUUCUAUACAUGACAUCGCAGCGGCCGCGGAUGGCACUCACACACCUCAGACGCCCACCCAUGAGCACAGACAGGACACAGCGGAGGAUUUGGACGCAACGCCUGCCGCUUCCCCCGAACAACAUGGCGACAACACCACUAUCCUGGAAGCGAUCCCAUCAUCUCCUUCGGCGGCCGCUGCAGCGAGGACAAGUACCCGUAACCAGUCUACCUCAUCCGAAAAUGCGCCCGACACCAGCCAGAUUGCUCGCGACGAUGCAUUUGAUCGCUCUCCUGUACCGGACGCAGACAUCUCACUCCAAUCCAGCCAUCACAAAAUUCGCAGCCUAUCACGCAGUGUGUCCCCUGGAACGUCGAGGCUGUUUCAUGACAACAGCGCGAAUGACGCCGAUACAGCCUCCCAUACGAGCAGUCGUCGAAGCAACCGACCGAAGUAUCUGACUAGUCGUAAUUCGGCCCAUCGGCUUUCAUAUUCCUCGGUCACGAGUGCGGGUACAGAAAUCACAAACAGUGAUGCGACGCUGGGCGCCGACUACGCACUUCAAUCAGGCGGUGCAGCGCCGGGCAACCCGGGUUUAGCGCAUGCCGGACAGCGCAACACAUUGGCCCGGUCGGUCAGCUUGGGAAGCAUGGCAUCAGGUAUCUCGGGAUACAGUGAUGAGAAUCUCUUUGAUCGGAAGAACCCUGGCGGGACCACGGAAGGAGGCCUACAGACCUUGGAUGAAGAGGAAGGCCCAACUCAGUCACGUCCGGGGUCGUCUUACCAAAGGUAUCAGCAACAGCAGCAGCAGCAACAACAACAACAAUCAGAGCAGCGCCCUCAACAAGAAUUCCAUCCCGAUGACGCUUCUGGACCGAUGACACCACGGGCGAAACCCCAAGACACCGGAUUUCCUACGGAUACGGUCCUCGCAGAACGUGUCAAAGACGUGCAGGUUCCCAGCGCAUUCGUGAAGCAGUUCCGGGAGGACUAUGGUAGCCGUGGAUUGUCGCCUGAAAAGCGGACGAGCGCCACUCCGGCCUUUGCCCGGAGUGGCCGCACCAUGACGCUCAAAGAGCAAAGCAGCACCAUUGACCGUCUUUCCAAGGAGAACUUUGACCUCAAGAUGCGCAUCCACUUCCUCAAUGAAGCACUGAAUCGACGCUCUGAGGAGGGCAUCAAGGAGAUGAUCUCGGAGAAUGUUGAGUUGAAGUCAGACAAGCUGAAGCUGCAGAAGGACAAUCAAAGCCUGAAGCGCAAGUUGCGCGAUCUCGAGAAACAGUUGAAAGACCAGCAGUCCGACAAGGAGUCUAUGCUGAACCAUGACCCCGAAGGGUCGGACGAGGAAGACCGUGACCCCGCGCAGGACGAGGAGAUUCUCUUCCUGCGCGAGCGGGCAGAGACAUAUGAACUGGAAAUCGAGCGACUCCGUUCGGAAAGCAUUGCCCGCGAAAGUGAGAAGAGACGACUGGCCGAGAUGGUGAAAUCCCUUAGUGACGGGCGGCCCAUGGGAUCGGAUGUUGGCGCCCGGGAGGAGAGGGAUAUGUGGAAGGACAUGCUGGAGGCCGAGACGGCGGCUCGCGAGCAGGCAGAAGAGGAAAAUAAGCGGCUGCGCGAAGAGACCCUGCGCUUGAAGAACGAGAUGAACUUCCCUGUCGUCGCCGCGCGAGUCGGGCAACGCGACAGAAUUGGCUCAAUGGCCUCGUACUCUGCUGCGUCCGAACGAGACUUCAGCCGCGAUCCCCAUACUGUUAGCUCCUCCAGCUCGACGCUGGUGAUGGAGUUGGAACUGCUAAAGCAAGAGAAUGCGGAGCUGAGAAAGGAGGUGAGCGCUCAGACCUCGAUGCUCACGUCCCGCAACCGGGAGAAGGAGCGGUUAUACCAGGAGAUUGAAGAGCUCAAACUUGGUCAACGCCGGGAUGGGACUCGAUCGGUUGCCGGCGACAGCAUCUUCGAUCGCUCGGCGUCCCGGGCACAUGGUCGGCCCUCUUCGCGCGCCAGCGAUGGCACGGGUCAAUCGCCGAGCGACGAUGCCGAGCGCGAAGACCUAGAAACGCGCGUAGGCCAGCUGCGCGACCAGGUGUCGGCUCUGAAGCUUGAAAACCAAUCUAUUCGGGAGCAGCUGGAUGAGGUCAACCAGGAUUAUGACUCGCUGGACAAGGCAUAUCAGGCCGACGUCGAUGAGGCGGAAGAAGAGAUAUCGAACCUUCAACAAAUGGUACAAAAUCUCCGACAGGAGCGCGACCAGUCCAUGCAGAUAGCCGAAGAGCGCGAUGAAGCAUUCCAAAACAUCCGCGCAGAAGCUCAGGAAGAGCUAGACGCCAUGAGUGAGGCUCUGGAGCAGAAGGUAGAAGAGUGCCAGCGAUUGAGCGAAGAAGUGCGUGUUCAGGACGAAAACCUUCGGGCACUCCAGGCGGAGAUGCGCUCAGCUAGCGAGGGCAUUAUCCGGCUUGAGGAAGAUGCACAGAACAAUCUCCAGCGGUACAAGGCCGUCCAGCAGGAACUGGAGGACUGCAACCGCGAGAUGGAGUCGCUGGAGAAGGAUCUCUAUGAGGCUAACACUAAAGUACAACGGCUCACCGUGCAAAUUGAGUCGAGUCAGAAUGAGAUUGCGUUCCUCCGCGAGGAGCAGGAUGGCGACAAGAUCAAGAUCGGAGAUCUUGAAUCAGAGCUCAAGUCCUACCAGCUCAGCCUGCAAAGCGAGCGCGACAAGACACGCGAACUCGAGGAACGGUUGGCGGAGGAACGGCACCAGCGUGAAGUUGUGGGCAGCAAAGAGAAGCAAGAGGUGCAGCGCAUUGUCAACGAGCUGAACCGUGAGGCGACCACCGCCAAGGAGGAGAACCGCAAACUUAGGAAGAACCUGUCGGCGCAGGAGAUUGAAGCCGCAACCUGGAAAGAGCGGUUGCUGGACUUGGAAAACAACCUACGAGAGACGCUGGGUGAUCUAACCGGCAGUCGCUCUAGUCUGAUUUCCAACAUCAUGAAGCUGCAAAAGGAGCUGGAGUCGACAGCCCUGGAACUCGAAAGCACGCGAGCCAAGCUGGACGACAAGGAGUCUCUUCUGCGCAACCGCGAUGCGCUGCUGGAGAGUCAUGGGCUGGAAUCGCGCAAGCUGGCCGAGCUGCUCGACCGCGAGCGCCAUGCCCGCCGUGCCGACAAGCAGUCGUUCGAGCAAGCUCUCAAAUCCCACCACCAGGCCUCGCGCACCAUCACGCAGAACAACUCGCGCAUCUCGGAGCUGGAGAAUGCGCGUAAUCAAGAUCGCAAGCGCUUCACCACUCUGGAGCAGCAGUUCCGCGACCAGCUGAGCGAGCGCAACGUGAUGCUCCUAAACAUCUGGAAACGCCUGUCAGCCAUGUGCGGACCGGACUGGGCGCAUUCAAACAGCUUGAUCAACGGCAAUCUCCCCAGUCAAGAGGUCAUUGGCAACAUCCUCUUCUGGCCCGGGUUUAGCCGCAACCUUCUGCUCGCUGUCAAGACCGUCGAAAGCGUGAUCUCGGGCUUCAAGUCGCGCAUCAAGGGUGUUGAACGGGAUUUGACCAAACAGUACCAGAUGCUGGAGCAUACCUUCAGUCUGCGCGUUAAGAAGCUUGACCGCCUCGAGGAGUCCAUGAUGAACAUGCGCGCACAACAGCACAGCCGGAACCAGUCCGGAAUGUCUCCUGAAAUGGCGAAGCUCCGGGGUGAGAACCGGCUCUUGAAGGCCGAGCUGAACCUGCUUCAAUCGCACUCACGCAGCCGUGGACCUGCCUCUGCGGCUGUCUCCGCCGCCGCUGUUGGUAUUGGAUCCAACUCCCCACGGUCACCGACCCGUGCGCUGAGCCUAGAUCCUGGAGCCGAUGCAGAACCGGGCUCUCUGAUCCGUCAUCACUCAGCAGUCGAGAAACCCGCCCCGUCGCGCGGUCUGUCGCGGAGCGCCACCACUGGCAUCCCUCAACCCUCGCAUUCGGCCUCGACAACCUCGACAGCGACGCUCGCCAAUGAUGGGCCAGGAGCACUGGUGCAAGGUUCUCGCUCCCGACAUAUGUCCGCUGACCCGGGGAGCAACGAGAAGUGGAUUCAACGCUUGCAUGAGCUGGAGAAGCGAUUGAAGGCCGAACGGGAGGCUCGCCUUCUGGACCGAAGCGGCGCACGGCGGCGCCUGGAAGAGCGCGAUGCGGAGAACCAGCGACUCCGCGCGCAGCUCGAGCGACAGCGUGUACGCAAAGAGCUAUCCGGGGGCACGUCGACCGAUGAGGACGUGCGCGCGCGUGGUCAACGGCGGCUCGAGGGGUCAGACCCGGGCACGAGUGACGGAUAUGAUCGGCGUCGGGACGAUGAGAUGAGCUCGAGCGAAGGCGAGGGCAUCUACGUUGACAUUGAGGUCUGA